UUUUCGAUCCUUCAUUCUGAUAUCUGAAUUUGUUUUAACUCUUGCUACAAUUUUGAUGCCAUUUUUAUAUUCAGUUUCUUUUUCUGUUCAUGGGUUGCCGCAUGCUCUAAUAAAUAGAAUCAUGGGUUGCUAUUGCUUUGGAAUUGGACUUGAUCCAUUUUUCUCUGUAUUCUGAGAUUAUUGUAAAGCACUUUUUCCUUUUUGAUUCUCUGUUGAACUAAUAAUAGUGAAUUGAUUUUUGAUACUUUUGUUCAUUUUGGCUGCUGAGAUAUGUUGCAUGCUAUGUGUUUGAUGAACUGUCUGAACUGGACUUCAAUGAUUGUUUGUGGCAAGGAUUUGAUGGUAUCUAUGAUAAAUUGGAACGUGUUUGAAACUGUCAUAGCUCAAGCUUGUGGGGUUUGAAAGGGAGUAAGGUUGAAUUAUAAAAUUAAAAUAAAAACUAAAAUAUUGAUAAAAUUAUUCAUUGAAGUCACUAGAACUUCUGGAAUAUUGACUAACCACAUGGCUGGGAGCUGCUUGUUAUCUUUUCUCCAUAUGCUUGCAAGCCAUUUAAUAGACCUCAUGUAAUAAAAUGGCCAUGGUCCAACUCUAGAAGGAAUAUGGAGACCUCCUAUUUCUUAAUGAGUGUGAAGGACCAGGUGUGCUUGAUCUAAACCAGCAACACUUCGUAAGCUUUUACGUAACCCCUAACUCUCUUUUUUUCAGAUCAGUUCAGGCUAUAUAACUCAGGAAAUCAGAUUGAAUAUUCAGAUUGCUCCUAUAUAAUUGGUGCUGGGGUUGUGUGGGAUCUAGCUUGGAUCCCAUCCAUUGCCAUCCUUAUCACUGACUUGUUUUCUCAGAUUGGGUUCUCCUUUUGGAUCUGGCCAAAGUUGUACAAGGAUACAUUCUUCCCAAUCACAAACAAACUAAAUGUCUUCAAUAACUUGCCACAGCUCGUGGCUACUUUCCAAUUCUUCACCAGUAGUGGUAGCUAAUGAUAAAAAUAAUGAUGUGAAACAUACUAAUUUUGCUCAAAUACCUUCAUGGAUCUCUUUAAAAUGCUGUCAUUCUUCAACGAGGACCCAUAAAAAUCAUCAAGGGCAAGUUGAAAACUUGCAUUUGAUUUCUUUAGCCAAACAAGGGAAGUUUAAUAAAGUGCAUGAAUUUAUCAGAAGCAUGGACGAAGCAGGUAUUCCCAUCAAUCCCCAGUCGUAUGAAUACCUGUUUAAAAUGUGUGGAAAGUUGGGUGCUCUGUCUGAUGGUAAAUUAUUUCAUAAUAAACUGCAGAGAAUGGCUAACAGCAACAAGUUCAUAGACAAUUGCAUCCUUCAAAUGUAUUGCGACUGUAAGAGUUUCACAGCUGCAGAGAGAUUCUUUGAUGAAAUGGUUAAUCGGGAUUCAUUUUCUUGGACCACCAUGAUAUCUGCUUAUACUGAGGAAGGGCAUAUAAAUGAAGCUGUUAGACUGCUCUUGCGUAUGCUGGAUUUGGGAAUCAUACCGAGCUCCUCUAUCUUCAUUACUCUUAUGAGGUCCUUCGCAGAUCCUUCGGUGUUAGACCUUGGCAAACAGAUACAUUCUCAGUUGAUAAGGCUUGGGUUUACUGCCAAUGAUUGGAUUGAGACAUCAAUCUCCAAUAUGUACGUUAAGUGUGGGUGGCUGGAUGGUGCUGAAGUUGCCACCAAUAAGAUGACCAAUAAAAAUGCCGUGGCUUGCACUGGGUUGAUGGUGGGCUAUACUCAGGAUGCAAGGCACAAGGAUGCUCUGUUAUUAUUUGCCAAGAUGAUAAAUGAAGGUGUAAAGUUGGAUGAGUUUGUCUUUUCAAUAGUGCUGAAGGCGUGUGCUGCUUUAGGAGACUUAUACAUUGGAAGGCAAAUUCAUGGUUACAGUGUAAAACUUGGCUUGGAAUCUGAGGUCUCAGUUGGAACUCCGCUAGUGGAUUUUUAUGUUAAGUGUGCAAGGUUUGAUGCUGCACGUCAAGCUUUUGAGAGCAUUCGCGAACCAAAUGAUUUUUCGUGGAGUGCUAUAAUCACUGGAUAUUGCCAAAGUGGUAGAUUUGACAGGGCUCUUGAGAUUUUUAAAACAAUAAGAAGUAAAAAAGUGUUGUUGAAUUCAUUCAUCUAUACCAACAUUUUUCAAGCAUGCUCUGCUGUCUCAGAUUUAAUUUUCGGUGCUCAAAUUCAUGCAGAUGCAAUAAAAAAAGGGCUAGUUGAAUGCCUCUCUGGGGAGAGUGCUAUGAUCACUAUGUACUCAAAGUGCGGCAAAGUGGACUAUGCACGUCAAGCAUUUUUGACUAUAGAUAAACCUGAUACUGUUGCAUGGACUGCUAUAAUAUGUGCUUAUGCUUACCAUGGCAAAGCUUCUGAAGCUUUGAGGCUUUUCAACGAGAUGCAGGGGUCUGGUGUAAGGUCAAAUGCUGUCACAUUCAUAGGUUUGUUAACUGCUUGUAGUCAUUCAGGUUUAAUAAAAGAGGGAAAGCAGUUUUUGGAUUCAAUGAGUGACAAAUACGGUGUGGACCCGACAAUUGAUCAUUACAAUUGCAUGAUUGAUAUAUACUCUCGUGCCGGUUUACUACAAGAGGCUCUUGAAAUGAUAAGGAGUCUACCAUCUGAGCCUGAUGUAAUGAGUUGGAAAAGUUUAUUAGGAGGAUGUUGGAGCCAUCGGAAUCUUGAGAUUGGGAUGAUUGCAGCUGAAAGGAUCUUUCACCUGGACCCACUGGACUCUGCUACUUAUGUGAUCAUGUUCAACUUAUAUGCUUUGGCUGGGAAAUGGGAUGAAGCAGCCCAAUUUAGAAAGAUGAUGGCUGAAAGGAACUUGAAGAAGGAAGUUAGUUGCAGCUGGAUCAUUGUAAAGGGUAAAGUUCACCGUUUUGUGGUAGGAGAUAGACACCACCCUCAAACAGAACAGAUAUACUCAAAAUUAAAACAGCUCAAUUUUGCUGUCAAGAAGAAGGGUGAGGAGCGCCUUCUUAAUGAAGAGGAUGCGCUACGUGACUUUACUGAACGGAAAGGGCAGCUUCUUGAUCAUAGUGAGAGACUUGCUUUAGCCUAUGGUCUCAUAUGCAACACACCUGAGACCCCCAUUAUGAUAUUCAAAAAUACUCGAUCAUGUAAAGACUGCCAUGAUUUUGCAAAGAGUGUCUCAUUAGUAACCGGUCGUGAAUUAGUUGUGAGAGAUGCCAACAGAUUCCAUCAUAUUAAGUCGGGGGAAUGUUCUUGUCAUGAUUAUUGGUGAUUUCCGCUUAGUUCUUUUCAAGGUCUCAGCCCUUUGAUUUUUCUUAAAGCUGCAUCAGUGACAGUAUUGAAUAAAAUAACAAGUUAUGAUAUGUGGCCCUUUACAUAACCCUUCAGAGCAGUUUCAUU